AUGCAGUUCCUGCAAUGGCACGUGAUGCUUAGCAUUACCUUGCAUACCACGUCACUGUGGUUAGCGGUAGCGAUGGCAUUUAUUAGGCGAAUGACGCUACGGGUAACUCGAUUGAAUAGCUCAUGGCAACGUCCGACAUUUGCGUGGAAGCUCUGCAUUGCAAUCUAUAUAGUCGUGGCGGUGCUGUGUAUACCAAGCCUGUUCGUGCAUGAAAUCGACGUCUAUAAGGAGGUCAUGUGGGAACCAUCACUACAGUGCGCCUCACUCUAUCCACCCAACUACACCGAGCCAAUAUACACGUUUACGGUCAGCAAAGCGGCUACAGCGAAUAACUGCAGCAUAUUCAAGUUGAAUAUAUGGAUGAUUGGACUCGUGUUCAAAGUUAUUCCAUGUAUACUACUGUAUGUCAUUCAGCGUAGGUCUGGUCUAAUAAGAUUCGUCAAGCGCGAGGCAACAUCGACGGAGCUCAAAAUGUCAGCCAAUGAACAAUGUGAAAUAGUCCUGCGACAGCCAAUACGUCCGGGACCAAAACCGUCCAACAACGAAUGUGGUUGUGAUCUUGCUGUGUUUUUGAUAACAGAGCUGCCUCAGGGCAUCAUCUCCAUAUUAUAUUUAUAUUAUUAUUUGGGUGAUAUACUGGACCUUUUAUCAUUACUGAAUUCAUCUGUAAAUUUCGUCUUGUACUGUGUAAUGUCGUCUCGCUAUCGGCAAACAUUUUGGUUGGUAUUUCUGCCAAGCGGAGCACAAUCAUUAUGCAUUACCAAGCAGACAACUACUGCGAGUAACUUUAAUUUCACUCAACUGCAGUUACAACGAAAAAACAGCAACAAAGUGAGGAAUAAGAAUACUCUCCUUGCUACUGAAUGCCGAAGAGCAUCGCGUCGCAGCGAAUGCGGCAGUGCAUCGAAUCUAGACAGUCAGAACACGGUCCGAAACAGCUCUGCACCUGUACGUACUCUUCUGAACUUAAUGGUUGUUUCAGAAAACCACUGUCCCGCCCAUUCCAUUAUAGUUGACUCCUAG